AAUCUCAGCUCGGCGGAGACAUCACAUUCCCAGUGAUCGAUGGCGAGAAGAGCGUUCGAGAUAACCCUGGCGUUGCUGGUUGCGGCCGUGCUUUGUGCACCGUCCUCAGCUCAAACAUCUGGUUGCUCUCCUACCUUGGCCGGCCUCUCGCCCUGCAUCGGCUACCUCGUCGGCAACUCGUCGUCCCCGACGUCGACGUGCUGCACUCAGCUCGCCGACGUGGUGCAGACGCAGACGCAGUGCCUGUGCGCGAUCCUCGGCGGCGGAAUCACCCAGCUCGGCUUCGUCCUCAACCAGACGCAGGCCUUCACGCUCCCCGGCGCCUGCAAGAUCAAGAUGUCUCCGGCCACCCAGUGCAGCGGUUUCACCGUGUCUGCACCAGCGGCAGCCCCGACGGCCGUGCCGACGCCCACCGCAUCUCCUGCAGCAGCACCUCCCACAGACGCGCCUCCUGCAGCCGCACCUCCUACAGCCGCACAAGCACCUGAGAGUGUGCCCACUGACUCGACCCCUCCAGUCUCGACUCCUCCUUCAGGAAGUGGAGCGAAGACGACGACCCAGGCAUCGAUGGCAAGGAGCUCUACAAAGUCCAAUACUGCUCUCUUCUCCUUCUUCUUCCUCCUCUUUGUGGCUUCCUGUGCUUGAAGUUGAUCCAUGGAGUGUUAUAUAAAUAUUUCUUUGUUAUCUACAUGUUAUAGAUUCAUAUUUGAGAGAUUGGAUGUUCAUCUUUGUUUACGUUGUAAGAAAUGGAUUGAAUGUAGUUGUUAGAUUGCACUGGGUUGGAGUGAUUGAUGUGUUUGGUCAGAGAUGGCCAUCUCGACCAGCUAUUUUUUUAGAAUCAUUCGUUAUGCUUGAUUCCAAUUUAGUACAUUGAAUCUGCAAAUGUUUACAAUGGCGAA